AUGGCAAUCAACAACCAUAGCAGCAAGUUUGACGCCGAAUACUUUGUUCGCAUGACAGAGGAAGUUGGCAAGUCAUGGUCCAAAUCGCUUCAGGAGAUGUCGCACAAGGACUUUAUGAAGCACUACUCCCCGGACGUCGAUUGGCUCGAUCAUGCCUUCCAGAUCCAUCGUAAAGGCCAUGUGGGCCUGGAAAUGCUGAGAGAGCGCUGGCUUACCUGCAACCAACCCUACAAAGUCACCAUCACCGACAUCCAUCCAACCAAGACCGGCUCGAUCCUGGAGGGAUUUGCGGAGGGCGUCUUUGCCGAGGAUCUGUACACCAUCAAAGCUACCGGAAAGGCCUUCACCUACACGCUGUGCAUUCGACUCGACUUCAACACCGAGUCAGGCCUCAUUGACAGGGUGAAUGAGUAUUACACGAAGACAUGGGAUACAUCUGUGCCAGUCAGUAGAUACAGGGUUGACUACAAGCGGGAGGGCGCUCGAGGUCUACCUCGCAAGUAG